AUGGCGGGUACAGGGCCCCCAGGGGGAGCCUCUCAGCAGCGGGGAGCACGGAGUAGCCGGGUGAAGCCUCCCUACGGCGAGGCCGCGAUCUCCCCGCUGCCCCCGGGACAGGCCGCAGCGGAAGGGGCCGGGGCUGGGGAGCGGGACGGGGAGCUGUGCAAGGCCGAGGAGUGCGAACUGGAGUGCAGCAGCCGGCCGAGCCGCAGCCCUGACAGCGAGCUGCCGGACGACGAGGAGCUGUGCGGCGAGGACAGCGGCGGCGCCUCGGCCGCAGCCAGCGAAGCAGACCCGGGCCAGCUCCGCGUCGAGGGCACCGAGCCGGGCGGCGCCGCUCCCCUGCCGCCACCCCCGCCGCCACCGCCUCCCCCACAGCAGGCUCCCGCGGGCCCCGGCGGCGCGCAGCAGGGUCCGCAGCAGCCCAAGCCCAAGCGGAAGCGGACGGGGUCCGACUCGAAGUCGGGGAAGCCGCGGCGGGCCCGCACCGCCUUCACCUACGAGCAGCUGGUGGCGCUGGAGAACAAGUUCAAGUCCACGCGGUACCUGUCGGUCUGCGAGCGCCUCAACCUGGCGCUGUCCCUCAGCCUCACCGAGACCCAGGUCAAGAUCUGGUUCCAGAACCGGCGCACCAAGUGGAAGAAGCAGAACCCGGGGGCCGACACCAGCGCUCCUACCGGCGGCGGGGGCGGUGGCGGAGGCGGCGGGGCCGGGGCUGGACUGGGCGGCGGGGCGCUGCCCGGGGGGCUCAGCCCGCUCAGCCACUCGCCGCCCAUGGGCACCCCUCUCUCCAUGCACGGCCCCGGCAGCUACGCCGGGCACCCCGCAGGUGGGCUGGUGUGUGCCGCGCAGCUGCCCUUCCUGCCCAGUCCCGCCGUGCUUUCGCCCUUCGUGCUCGGCUCGCAGACUUACGGCGCUCCGGCUUUCUACACCCCGCACCUAUAA